CGUCCCAGCCACUGGCUUCUGAUUGGCUGAGGCCGGCUGUGGGCGGGACCGGGAAAAGCCGGGCCGACUGCUGAUGCGCGAGGUGGGGCAGAAGCCGGUUGGAGCCUGCGACGUUGUGCUGUUGUCUGAAGAUUCUUCAAUCACUAUGUCAAGUGACACAGAUGUUUCUCUUUCUUCAUAUGACGAAGGUCAGGGAUCUAAACUUAUCCGAAAAGCUAGAGAGGCACCAUUUGUCCCCAUUGGAUUGGCAGGUUUUGCAGCGGUCGUUGCAUAUGGAUUAUAUAAAUUGAAGAGCAGGGGCAAUACUAAAAUGUCUCUUCACCUGAUCCACAUGCGUGUGGCAGCCCAAGGCUUUGUUGUGGGAGCAAUGACUCUUGGUAUGGGCUAUUCCAUGUAUCAAGAAUUCUGGGCAAAACCUAAACCUUAGAAGAGGAGAUGCUGUCUUGGUCUUGGUGGUGCUUGCUUUAGUUAGACAUCUCAUAUUGAGGUUAUAUGUUUAUGUUGAAAAUAAAUUCUGUGGGUCGGACAAUAACAUGGUAAUUUGAAUAUUGGCUUCCUUUCUUGCAGGCUUGAUUUGCCUAGCGACUAGUUCACUAGCUAGGUCAUUUAGGGGAGUCAGAUUAGCACAAAAACAUGUCACUUUUAAAUGCACUUGAUAGUGGUACAAUGUCCACCUUCUUAAACUCUUCUGAUAAAAUUAGUUUUAAAGAGGACAACAUGCCAAACCUGAAAAUGCUCCCAGUUGCUGCAGAAUAUCAUAUGCUUUUGAUGUAAUGUAGGAAUCCUAUUUACCCCAGUUAAUUUAACUCUUUCUGACUGCCUUGUGGACUGAGUACUGUUUUUAAGGUCUGGUUAGCUCUUGAAGAACCCUUUCAGAACAGUGCACAGAAUACAACAUUAUAAACCUCCCAGCAACUAUGUGUGUGUUUUGGUAACAGCUGCUUUGAAGUAGUAUCUGUUUCAGAAUCAUAGUUGUAAACAUGAGAAUAACUUAACUGUAGAUCCCCGUUUAGCUGUUUUGUAAUUGCAGAAUUAUAGUUUGCUGCUGUUAUAUUAGAAUAAUUUUUAAAUGGCAUUUUGAAAUAGAAGUGUGUAUUUUAAGUGCUAAUGCAAAGGUAAAUGAAAAAUACUUUUUAAAUGUGUGCAGUCUGUUUAUUUUCUCUGAAAGAAUCAUAAAUGUUAAAUUAAAUAAAUUGCCUAUAAUGGAAGUGAUUUAUGAGCAAGCUGGUUUGGUCAGACAUUAUACAAACUUUGGUAUACUACAGAAUGCUUUGUUGUACUUGUGAAAUUCUCUUGUCUAACCUGAAUUUACAUUCCAUGGUGAUAACGUGGUAAAUAUAGUGUUAUUAAAGUAAGUGAACACA